UGUAAUUAAAAUAGUAUAAAACGCCAGAAGAUGAAGUAGUAUAAAAGAAACGCUGAACUGACGUGGUGCAAAAUAGUGUAGACGGAAAAUAGCGCGGAGUUAGAUAGGCUUGUAAAGCUGAAUUAAGCAACAUAGAUGAAGACUGCAGCUUUACUUGUUUCAAUAUGUGCUGCCGUUUUGGCAUAUACAGUAACGCAGGCACGAACUUAUCGUGCAGCUGUCUACGAACAUAAGGUGAUAUUUCCGUGGCCCUGGGCCACUAACAGACCGAUGGCGCUAUCCCAAAUGAUGGUGAAUAUGAAGGCGUUCCAAGAAAAGGCGCAUAUAGCUGGCAAACAGGGUGUGGAUAUAAUGGUUUUCGGGGAAGACAGUUUGUACGGAUAUUACAUGAGAUACCGCCACGUGAUCAAACACUACCUGGAACCCAUCCCUGAUCCGAAACUUAUCAUGUGGAACCCGUGCAAUGAACCAAUGCGUUUUCCUCAAGCCGAAAUUCAGGUUGAACUGAGUUGUAUGGCCAAAAGAAACAGAAUGUACAUUGUUGCCAACAUGGGAGAUAUACAGUUAUGUGAGCUUGGCGAUCCGCAUUGUCCGUCAGAGGGUUGGUACCAAUACAACACAAACGUCGCUUAUGACAAAGAAGGAAACUUCAUCGCAAGAUACCAUAAACAAAAUCGAUACAUUGAGCCGCAGUUCAACGCCCCGGUCCAUCCAGAGUAUGUGUACUUUGAUACAAAAUUUGGACGGUUUGGCUUGGUAGUUUGCAAUGAUAUUAUGUUCUACGACCCCAUGGUAGAGUUAGUCCGAGAAUACAAUGUUACAGAUAUAGUUUUACCGACAGCAUGGCCGGAAUCAUUGCCCCUUUAUUCGUCCAUUGGCUUCAUAUCUUCGUUUGCUGUGGGACACAAUGUCAACCUGCUACACGCAAAUAUACGUGAGCCUCAUAACCCGGACACUUACGUAUACGGCAGCGGAUUGUAUACUCCAGCGGGACCUGUGAAAUACGUCUAUGACGCAGUUUCAACAAUGGGGAUUCUUAUCAUAGGGGACGUUCCGGUAAACGAGAGACUGCCAAAAAAAUUACCCUGCGAUGUCAAUCCGCUUCUCUUUGGACAACCGAACAUGAAAUCGCUUGCACUUCCGGAAUUCAAAGCGGAUAUGUUUAAAGACUGGUUUAACUUCGUUCAUGUUAAGGGAACAGAGGGGACCGUCACGGUAUGCCAGGAAAGAUUCUGCUGCUACCUGAACUACAAAAAGUCUGCAAGUUUGGAGAUGUACGCGUUUGGGGUAUUCAACGGACUGCAUAAAGCGUAUGGACCAAUCUACCAGCAAAUAUGUGUCCUAAUGAAAUGUCAAACCAAUAACCCUUUAAGCUGUGGAAAACACGUACUUUCUGCGAACACACAUUUUUCCCACUUUCAUAUUAAAGGAAGCUUCUCGUCCCCUUUUAUCCAGCCUCAGAUUAUACAAUCAGGACCAGGGUACCAGCUAGAACUGCCCCCUAUUGGUAGUUUUAACUACGACGCAGCCGGACUUACCGGACUGGCCGUUAAAAAGCCCCUGAUACAUGCGGCAUUGAUUGGACGUGUGUACAGAAAGGACUGCAUUACGUGUUACGGCGGUUAAACACACUAGUAAUACGAAUAUAUUAUCAUGGGUUUUUUAGGGUCUGAAUUUACAUGAAUUAAAUUAUCAGGUCCCAUAUUCACAAACAUUUUUCGACUGAAAUUUUGGUAGCAAACUUAACAAGAACUUCAUGAUCAAAUUUCAAAUGAGACUGAUCAACAAAAGAGGGCUGAUUCUGAAAGGUUGUGUAAACUUGUGACAAAGUAAGUUCAGUGCAGUUUUCUAUAUUUAAAGGUUGAACUUUAAAGUACUUUCCAACAUUGUAGUUUGUAGUGCAGUUAAGUAGACAAAAAAUAAAAAUAACUGUAAUCUUGUACAUCCUAUCAGACUGAUGCCAGAUGAUCCUUAUUUUCGGUGAUUGUCACUAACCAAACCAUUUUAGAUUAUUUUGCAAGAUGUAAGUCCAUGCUAAGAAAAUAAACUACUAUAAUACA